AUGGAGUUCUUUUCCUCGCAUGGAGUGCAAGCUUUGCUAGAUCUUCGGCCCCAGAUGGUCACAUCAAGCGGAAAUCUGUGGACGCGACGCGACCUGGCUCGCUUCUGCUCCUUGACCAGCGUGCAGUUCGAGAGACGGACGCUAUCGCCGGAGGUCCCGAAUGUCCAAUCGCUCCUAGCUGCCCUGCGGUUCUCGAAGCCACCGACAGCGCUGCUGUUCGCCGAGUCAGAUCCGCGCAACGCCUGGCGGCGAGAGCUCAGUGAUGAGGUGUUUCGUGCUGGCUGGCACGUCCUUCAUGUGACCGCGAAAUUCGGAGAGUUGAAAGUGACGCCGCACCAGGAGUUGUUCUCGCACGCCGGCAAUGCCAUCACUUGGCCGCCCACUGCAGCUGUGGUGCCCGAGCUUCAGAAGCUUCAGUGGCCUUGCCCGGACAUCCAUGCAAGGCUGGCGGAUGGCAGGCCCUACCUUGUCGUCUUGCCCUGGGAGACGGAGCUCCUUUGGUGUCCGCGCUGGCUCGGCCCGUCGGAGGCCGAUCGGCUCCUCCGGGCCAUCCAGGAGAAGGUCGCCUUCCAACAGCCCGUGCUGCGAUUCAGUCGUGGCCUCCGAAGCGUGGAGGCGCAGCAGCCUCGGCGAUCGGCAUGGGUCUCCGACCAGUUCAACAGCCGUGAACAUCUCGCGCUGCUGCAAGCCAAGGGGCACGCCCUGGCGGAAGCCGUUCUUGAGGCCCACCCCGUGGAAGCCUGGAGCAAGGCCGUGUUCGCGCGGGCGGAGGCCACGUCGUGCUGCCGGUUCAAUGCUCUUCUUCUCCACAGCUACGACCACGGGGGACACUCCAUGGGCUUUCACAGCGACUCGGACCUCGGCCUGGGCGAUGCUGCCGCGAUCGCCUCCUUCUCCUUGGGCGCGACGAGGACGUUCUCCUUGCGGAGCCAGAUGCCGUGGAACGGGCGGCGCAUUGAGAUUCAGGUUCCCAUGCACCACGGCAGCUUCCUGGCAAUGGGCCCAGGGUUCCAGGGCCGGUGGCUGCACGCCGUCCUUAAGGAGCCAGAGGUGACGGAGCUUCGAGUGAACGGCACCCUUCGCUUCUAUGACCUGCCGGAGGGCUCGGCUCUCUUGGUGACACUGCGGCUCGCGGUGUCUGGUGGCGAGCAUUCCGCCACAUGGACAAAACUUCGCGGCGAUUGUGGAAGCGAAGCGGAGAAGGCGGCUGGCUGUCUUGCGGAGUUCCCGAAGCGAAGCGGUUGCAUGAGUGAUGCGGUGCCACUGCGGCGGUUGCUGUGCCCUGGUGCCCAGCGUCUGCUGGACUGCGAGGAGGCAGACCUGAGAACUCACGGUUUUCAGGCCAGCCCGAUCCUCGUCUUAGAGGCCAUGGGCCCUGGGGUGAAGAUGCAGCUCCCGGUGGACUCGCGGCGCUUGGCUUUCACGGCGCCGGAGGAAUCGCCGGAGCUCUUCAGCUCCUUCAUUAUCGGCCGUGCCCACCAACUGGAGUUCUGGCCAGAGGUGUUGCGGCCCGAGGCUCUGAGCACGCUGUCGCGCCAGCACAUCGAGGUGCAGGCAUGGAGAGCGCCAGGUGAUGGCAGCUUCUCUUUCCUGGCCCGAAACCUGAGCGAUGUGAACCCUGUCCAUGUGAUUGCCAACGUUGAGGCUGCCGAGCAGCAGCCGCGGGUGCUCACGAAGGGCGAGCAGCGCCACCUGCUGGAUGGUGAUCGGCUCGUGCUGAACUUGGGCCAGGCACAUACGUUUUGGUUGGCCUUCUGCGACCAGACCUCCAAUGCCCAGGCUGCCAGCUCCCGCGCUGCAGAGCCUCCGAGGGUGCGCCGAGGCGCUUCCAGGCGAAGCCUGGCAGCGCCAUACCAGGAUGAGGACUUGAUCUCCACAGCGGCCACGCCGCAGGACUUGCAGAACCAGGAGGAUGUGGGAGCUGACGAAGAUGACGUCGGAGCAGGGAGGUUUCUCCUGAAGGCCGCGACGUUGCAGCCGAGUCCAGCACCAAGGCCUUGCGAGCCGCCCCGACAGCUCGACUUUCAGUUCUUUGCGCGCAAAGCACCCGGUGGGCAGCAGAUGUUCGGAAGUAGUGGAUCCGAGAAGGAGAUGCAGGUUCGCAGCAGCCGGCUUAGCUCCGUGGGAUCUGCUGCAUCAACGCUGCGGCCACAGGUGUCGCCUCAGGGAUCCGUCGUGAGUGCAUCCAUGUCUCCUGUGCGGGGGCGCGCUGCCGCGUAUCCACCGCGGCGGUCUUCCUCGCCACCGGCCCGCUUGAGCUCCAGCCAGUGGUCCCCGCUUGCCGCUCCACAGGUGGCUCCGAAUGCUCGGGUGAGCUCACCGCCGCUCUGCUGGCGACCCCUCAACUCCCAGGUGCACCCCUUCACGCUCUAG